AUGGAGAUUCGGGGUUUGGCAUUCUUGCCUAUCCUCUUCACCACAUGGUCACUAUUAGGCCUUUGCGCAGCAAUUACCAUCACUUUCACCUUAAGCCAUUCAAAAUCUUUGUACAUCAGUGCUACGGGAGCAGAGUUCCCAGAAUCGGUGGUCUUCACCGUCGUUUUCAUGGUGACUUCCUUUCUAGGAGCUGGCGUCGUUUCCGUCCAAUACAGGUUCAUGAUCCUCCAUUCUGAACCAUCAGAGAAGCGAAAUAUCAUCUGCCAGAAAAUCCUAUACGCCAUGGGAUGGCUCGCGUGUAUUGCCAAUGCCGUGACUGGUGUAUGUUCGACGAAGAUCAAUUCCAUAGCUCACAGUAUCGGAGCAGGAACUGGCUUUUUCUUCUUUGCCGUUUACAACCUUAGCCAAGCUAUAUGCCUGUAUGAGAAAUCCUUCAGCAGUCGUCACGUGUGCCACAUAAGAUUUGCAUCAACCUUGGUGACCAUUGUGGCACUGCUGAUCUUUGAUUUAGGUUUGACCAUGAACCGCCUAUGUAACAACGAUCACUGUAAAGAGAUCUUCUCUAUGAUAGGCAUGGUAGGCGAGUGGAUGGGAUUUGUUGGCCUGCUAAUAUUCCCGAUGAUGUACUAUACAGAUUUCCAGCAUUUGUCAUUAAUGUUGUCCAGAGAAGGCGUCUCCAUCAUUCUGAGGCAAAAGACCCAGGACCCAGAAAACCCCCAAUAA